AUGGACCGACUCCCAUGCCAUGUCGUCUACGUCAACCGUGCCGCUGGCCACGAUCGCCUCGUCCAAGCCGUUCCCGACGGCGGCGCCACGCCUCCCUCGUCCGACUGGAAACCCGACCACACCCGACAGUUGGUCCAGCCGCUCCUCGAUGCCUUUGGCGAUGUUCACGUCUGCGCCUCCGGCCAAGCCUGCUUGUCCAAGCUCAUCCAGCUGCAAGAUCACUCGAGGACGGACACGACUCCCACCCUACUUCUCCUCGAUACACCCCACGACGAACAAUACUUCCCCCAUCCCCAACCGCACUCGGCCACCUCGUCCACACACCUCGGCCUUCCCUCGCCUCCCGGCCACAUGGACAUUCGCACCCCGGACGAGGAGCUGUACGGCUUGACACUCCUGCAGAAGCUCGUCACCGAGGCGCACCUGCGCAAUGUGUCCAAGCUCGUCGUCACCGUGCCCGUCAUCAGCAUGCCCCAUACCGACGACGCCGCCACUAGCGAGCACAUGACCGACGGCGCCGUCGAGGCCGAUUUCGCCGCUCCCGGCAUGCUCGACGCCUACCGCCCGCUGAUACGAAAGUGCCUCGACAUCGGGGCCGUCGACGUCCUCAUCAGCCCCCUGAGCCCCAAGUGCAUAGCCACCCUCGAGAUAUGCGCCUACAGGGCCCGCCGCGACGCUGCCCGGGAGCAGCAGGCCAUUAUGGAAAUCACAAAGGGCCGCAAGCGCUCCUGGGUCGGCGUCAACGAGCAGAAGCCCUUUGCCUACCUGCGCGAGGAAAUGGUGGCCGGUCUCAUGAAGGGCAUCUGCCGCCUCGAUACCGAAGACGUCCAGAUUCGCGGCGCCCAUAUUGCCGUCUCGCCCGAGCGCCAGGCCGCCGUCGCCGCCGCCGUCGGUCAUUGGCACUUUAGCGCCCACGACUUUUCCGACGAUGAGCUGCUCGUCGGCGCCGUCCUCAUCUUCAAGCACGCCCUCGCCAUGCCCGAGCUCGAGCAAUGGCGCAUCUCCACGGGCCAGCUGAUAAGCUUUCUCGUCGCCUGCCGCGCCGCAUACAACACCUUUGUCCCCUACCACAAUUUCCGCCACGUCGUCGAUGUGCUGCAAGCCACCUUUAGCUUCCUCGUCCAGAUCGCCGCCCUGCCCCCGUACGACCAACGCGGCCAGCAGCGAGGCGGCUUAAUGCCCGAAAAAUCCCCCAUGGCUGACCUGGUGACUCCUUUUGAGGCACUGACCCUCCUCAUCACCGCCAUUGGCCACGACGUCGGCCACCCCGGCGUCAACGGUUUCCUGUCAACCCUGAAUGCGCCGCUGGCUCAGCUGUACAAUGACCGGUCCGUCCUCGAGUCGUUCCACUGCGCCGCCUACUCCCAGAUACUCCGUCGAUAUUGGUCCGCCGUCUUUGAGGACAGGAAGAUGCGCAACCUCAUGAUCAGCUCCGUCCUCGCCACCGACAUGGGGCUGCAUUUCGACUACAUGAAAAAGCUCGGCGAUCUGCAGGCGAAGCUUCAACAUGAAAACAGCACCAAUGGCUGGAACGGGCGUCAGAUCGAGGAGCACCGGGCCCUGGUGUGCUCGCUGCUUAUCAAAUGCGCAGACAUCAGCAACGUGGCGAGACAUCACGACACGGCCCUGCAAUGGAUGUUUAUCCUGUCGGAGGAAUUCUCCAGGCAGGCAUCCAUGGAAGACGAGUUGCAGAUCAAGUCGUCGCUCAUGGCGCCGCCCAAAAAGGACAUGAUGUCGCUGGCCAAUGCUCAACUCGGCUUCAUGAACAUGUUUGCCAUUCCACUUUUCCAGGGUGUGGCCGACAUCCUGCCGGACAUGCAGUAUACGGUCGAAGAGCUCGAUGCCAACAAGGGCCUGUUUGAGAUCAAGGUGCAAGAGGAAAAGGCCAAGGAGCCGAGGGACCCCAGAAGCCGGCUGCGCCACGAGAGAGCGCGUUCUCCCAGAACGAGGAGCGCUACACCCGAGCCCAAGGACGACGACGAGGGGUCGGCGCCGCGGCAGGCCGAAGAACCCACGCCCAAGACGGACGUGGGGUCGAACGGCCACGGCGGCGCCCCACAGGUGCUGGCCGACGUCGAGCGCCGGGACGGCCAGCCCCUGUUGAGUGCGUCGGAGCGACCAUCCAAGUCGCAGUCGACCGGUGACUACAAGGAGGCCAACGGCCAGGUGUUGCCGGUUGACCCGGUGAAGGAGUCUACCGACAGCGAUCCGCUCCACAGCCAGAGCCGCGGCGACGGCGACGGCAUAGCGGACGGUAAGAUGUCUGCGCCUUCGGGCCUCCACCGCUGCAGCGAGACGACCGAGGGCAGCGCGUCGGCGGCGUUUGCAGGCGACUGGCAAUCGCAGGCGACGAGCGCCAUGACGGGGAAGUUGGCCCUGUCACCCAGCACGCAGGGCACCAGCAUUGUUAGCAACGAGUCGCUGGAUCGCACCCUCAGCGCCUCGGGGCCCAACAGUUCCCCCCCGAGCACGAGCAACCACGGCUCUCCGACGACGGCGUUUGGGCCGGAGGAAGAGCGAGAGGAGGAGCCGUCGCCGGCCAGCAACGUGGUCAGGGACGAGGGGAAAACGCUCAAGAAGCGGCCGAGCCGAUUUAGGAUCAAGGACUUUCCCUUUUUCAGGAGAAACAGGGGGCCCAGCCCACCCUUGCCGGCGGCGGACGCGACCAACUGA